UCUUGACGACGCCAUUUUCUUUUUAUUAAAGAACAUUUUUUUCAAUGCGAAUCGUUCUACUUGCAGAGAAAAUUCUUAAGAAAUUUUGCUAAAUCGAAAAGGUUUAUCGCGAUUCGCUUAAAAACCAAUAAAGAAAAAAUAAUUAUCGCGUUUUUUGACGAAAUGUCUGAACAAGGCAAGAAGUUACUUGAAUUACGUGUAUCUGACCUUAAAGAAGAAUUAGAACGGCGACGGUUGGACACUAUUGGACCGAAAGCAGCUCUUAUAGAGCGUUUAGAAAAGUCGCUUAAAGAGCAAAGUAUUGAUCCAACAAAGCACGUUUUUAUAAUGGGUGGUAGCAAAGCCAACGAACAAAAGGGCAAAAAAUCUGCGGCAAUUAAAUUGCCAAUGCCCGUAAUGGUGAAAGAAGAACCAAAGGAUGAUGACGAUAUGCCUAGCCAAGGAGACAGAGAGGACUUGAACGAAAAAUUUCAAAGCGAACAAGAUCAAGAGGAAGAAAAUGAUAUGAACGGUUACGAUGAAGAAGUUGAUCAAAUUGGUGAUGUAGAUGAAGAAUGCGUUUACGUAAACGAUGAUGAAAUGAACGAAGGAGAUGACAAUGAUCACGAUAAUAAUGAACAAAAUCAUGAUAGGCAAGAGGCUAAUGAGCAGGAAUUGACGAAUGACAGUUGCUUAGAUGAGGGAAAUCGGGAAGACGAAACAAACGGUGACACUGCCAUCAAUGAUAACGAGGAAGGUAUUAAUUUGACUAUUGGAGAGGAUGAACAACAAUUAUUACAUGAUGAGGCUCCAGACUACAGGGAAAAGACAACAUCAAUUUCUACUCAGAAAGAGAAGGGUUCUUCGAAAGAAGGUAAAUCAGAAAAAAGUAAGGACGGCAAGAAAUCCAGUCACAAAGAUGAAAAAGAUAAGAAAAAAGAUGACAAAUCUUGCGACAAAAAAGAUGAAAGUGAGCUAAAAUCGUCUUCAAAAUCUGGCCAUAAAGAUGAUAAAGAAAAAUCAACAACAAAUACGUCAACGAACAACAACUCAUCUGCAACGGCUGCCACCAAUUCAUCGUCAUUGAAAAGUGGUGGCGGUUCAAGUGGCAGCAGCAAAUUGUCCUCCACCAGUGCUUCUCGUAAUUUAUGGGUGUCGGGCUUAUCCUCAUUGACUAGAGCCAGCGAUUUGAAAACAAUUUUUUCAAAAUAUGGCAAAGUAAUUGGUGCGAAAGUGGUGACCAACACUCGUACGCCUGGUACACGCUGUUAUGGUUAUGUUACGAUGUCUUCAUCCAAUGAUGCAAGUCGUUGUAUCGAUCAUUUGCAUCAUACUGAAUUACAUGGUCGUAUUAUAUCGGUGGAACGUACUAAAAAUGAAAUUGGUGGCAGCUCUUCGAGUUCAUCAAAAAAUGCCGGCAAAUUAUCCGGUUCAUCGAGAGCAGAAUCUAAAAAGAAGGAUGACGAUAAGAAAUCCAAAGAUGGUGGCAGCAAAUCGUCACAUAAUGAUGAAAAACGUAAAAGUGAGGCAACCAAAAAAGACAGGUCUUCAUCGGCCAAUAAAAGCAAAGAUGAUAAGGAACACAAGUCCUCACAUUCCAAAGAAGCUGCUAAGGACAAGUCCAAGGAUGAUACAACAAAAGACAGCAAGCGUAGUGAAAAGGCCCGUUCCGAGGUUUCAGCUAAGGCUAAGGCUCAGACUACGAAUGAACAAAAUAAAGGUAAUCGUGGUGAACAAACUGACCGCGAACGAGAGCGUUUGCGCGAACGGGAACGUGUGCGCCAGCGAGAGAUACUCUCUUAUCAGAAAAUACGCCAAGAACGUGAACGUCAACGUCUUCGCGAACGAGAACGUGAAAUUCGUGAAGAAGAACGCCGGCGUCGUGAAAUACGUGAACGUCAACGUCAAGAAGAAGCUCGUUUGGUCGAGGAGCGUCGCAAGUUGGCUUUAGAGCGUGAACGCUUGGAGCGGGAGAAGGGAGAACUGCUGCGUUUAGAACGUGAGCGCCAAAGAUUGGAGCGCGAGAAACUCGAAUUGGAACGUCUUGAAUUGAAACGUCAGCAAAUGAAGAUUAUGCGUGAAGACCCUAUUAAACGCAUCAGCAAACGCUCAGGCGAUGAACGUUAUACAGAUGUUUCAGAUCGCAAGCGAACAUCGGGUUCAGCCACUCGUUUUGAGGCUCCUCCACCUCCUCGAUUUGAUGCUUCUUUAGCUUCGUCAAGAAGUUCUCAUAGCUAUGAUAAGAAACGUGAUGAAUACUCAAGUUCUUCAUCCAGCAAACGCUUAGAUGAUUAUUCGUCUUCAAAGCGUUUGGAUUUCGGUGGCAGUUCUGGUACCAAGCGUGCAGCCAUUGAUGAUUUUGCAAGCGUAGCCAGCAAGCGUAGCAGCGAUGAUUAUUCGAAGCGCAGUAAUGAUUACAUCGCUCCAUCAUCGUCAAAACGAGGCGGCAUUGAUGAUUAUGGAUCGAACACGAAAUCCACUCGGGAUGAUUAUAAGCGUGACGUAGAAAUACGUCAUAUGCCUUCUUCUAGCAGCAGUUCAUUACACAAAAGCAGUGGAAGUGGUAGUAGUCGAUAUGAGAGCGAGCGAUCUUCAUACAGACGUAUAGACGACAUAAGCAGCAGCAAACGAUAUGACAGCUCAAGCGGUUACGGAGGAAGUACAGGUGGUAGCGUUUGGCCCCCAUCGUCAUCUUCGCAUAUGGGGCAUUCAAGUGGUGGCGGAGGUAGUUCUUCGUUGAAAUCCUAUCCCAGCAACAGCUUGUCCUCUACCAUUCAUAGUGCUGGCUCGGGCUGGACUAAAUCUGGCCCGGUUGAAGAGUCAAAUUGGCGUCCGAUGCCUUCGUCUCAGGACCGCUAUGAUCGCACGUACAAUGAACGUUCUAGUGGUUAUCCAAACGCUGGUAGCGGUGGUAGUUUGUAUAGUGGCAACCGCACUGGGCCAGAUCGUUAUGGUGGAGGAGUGUCUUCACGUUAUUAAGUGAAGAAUAUUUAUAGCUCCUGUUAAUAUUUAAUACAUAUUUCCAUACGUAUAUUUAAAUGGAUUACCAGCCCUCCGGAAGAUUUCUUUCCAACAAUAUAUCUCUACAUUCUUUUCCUUCGUGCUUUCUAAUGUACAAUUGCAGUUGUAGUUCGUUUAGUUUAUAUAUUGACAACUUUGUUGUAAUGUAAUCGUACAUUAUAAAUAAAUUUCAUUAAUUAAAAAAAA